AUGGAAGAGGAAAAGAGCGGAGUGCUCAAACCCAUUGUCUGGUAUAAAUUUGAUGACCCCAAUGACUUGGGAAAAGACAGCAGCGGCAACAGUUACAGUGCAACAAACUAUGGAGCUACAUAUGAUUCUGGCAAGAACUGUAAACAGGGAGAUGGCUGUGUGCACUUCAGCGCAAGCGGGACCCAGCAGUACAUGACAGUGGAUAAUCGUUUGGAUCUUGGUACAAUCCAGCAGCAGAGCGGCAUCACCGUUAGCUUCUGGGGCUACAUGACGGAAUUGAGUGGAUAUUGGGCUCGUUACUUUGACUUUGGUGGGAGGAAUAGCACCUACUUCUACCACGGUGGAGGCGCGAACCUAUACAACUGGUUGUUCGCCGCCCCAAGUACUUCAACAUACCCGACAUGGCUUCAGCUUGAUAUCUACGGCGGCAAAGGAUAUUUUUCGGUGCCUUUUUCUAAGCACGUGAUCUCGAGUUGGCAUCACUUUGUUUUCUCCAUCAGCAAGAAUGGAAGCGCGUCGGCAAACACAUGGUCGGUAUGGAUCGAUAACGAGCUGGUAUGCGAUGCGUGUCAUGCUAGUGGACUGACUUCCAUUCCAAUGGAUGAAAGGGGAUGGUAUAUUGCGCGUUCUCAUUGGGAAGUAGACGGAAAGACUGAUGGUGGCAUGGACGACUUCCGUAUUUACGAUCAAGCCCUCACUGCCUUGCAAGUCGCAGAACUUACAGAAAUAUACUAUGAUUCUGUGGAAUACAAUCCUGUUUCAACCCCGUCCAAGGCAUACUGGUUUCUCCGCCCAGUCUACGUCAAUUGCCAAAUGAAUCACACUUGGGAUGAUGUCAUCCACGGACAAUUAGCGAAGAACCAGACCUUCAAGUCGGGUGGACUCGGGAAGCUGAUGACUCGAGGCGAGUUCGAGGUGUGGGUGUGCAGCUAUCAAGACGAAUGUGCUAAGCCCCGCAAUCCCUUCUGUUACGUUUUCAACGAGCAGCAAAAGCUCUUCAUACCAUGGUGA